AGUGGUUUGUUUUCGUUCGUUUGUCGGGAAAAUUCACAUUUAUAUUUUGGAUUUUGUAACACCGACCAGCGGCAGGCAGCAGGUUGCUGUCAAAUUGGAGAGGAAAACCCUGGAAAAUUAAUCCGGAAAAACACCAAGGAAUUAACUUAAAAUACUCCGACAAUAAGCUAAAGUAUUUGGCGGAAACAAACAAAAAACAAAGGAAUACUCAAUCACAAAUUAAAGGAAAAUAUAAACAAAAACACGGAGCAAAUAUUUGAUUUUCAAUGUUUGGAAAACAAUUAUAGAUAGCAAGCUGUCAUGUUGUGUUAACUAUUCAAAUAAUAACAAAAUUUGAUCCCUUUAAAUCUUUUAUAAACUUGAAUACAGAAAAGAAUAGAUAAGUUAACUUACAGAGUGAGAAAAUCAAAGUAAAAAGGCACAAAAGCAUACGAAAAUAUAUAGAAGAUAUGUUUUUACUAAACAAACAAAGAAAUCCUCUAUAAAAAUAAUUUAAAGCACAAAUCGAGCUCUCAAUUAUUAACUGAAAUAAAAGGAUAAGCAAGUAACCCCAAAAAGUGCUAAAAUUAACUUGUUAAGAAAACAACAUAAAACUAAAUAAUUCCAAGAAAAUCAUAACCCAGAAACGGCAGACAACGGGUAUACAUUUUCCGACUUCUCAUUAAAUACCAUUUUUUAAUUGAGUUGCUGCAUGGGUAACAAUCUGAUAACGAGUGGAAAACCGAGUCAGCGCCGGGAGAGGCGAUUCUUUGAGAGGCUGAGCUGCAGCUACGCUCAGCAUCACAACAAACUAGACUUGCAGAUGAAUCCUUUGCUAGCAUUGGCCCGCUCCUUGGCUACGACUCCAACGAUGCCGCCUCCUCUGACACCUGAAAAGCUGGAUGCGGAUAAGGAAUCCCAGCGGGCACCCAUCGAGCUGUUGCCCAACGAGAUGUGGCUGGAGAUUAUGUCGUAUCUCUCCUACAAUGAUCUCCAGCAGUUGCGCAUGGUUUCUUGGCGUUGCCGGGAACUGGUCAGCCGUCGACGCUUCAUGGAGAAGGGCAAGGUGAUUGUAACUCAGCACAACCUGGAGGCGAUUCACAAGCACGUCAAGAACGGUAACUCCUACCUGAGCUUCGAGAGGAUUGAGCUGAGGAACUUGCACCAAUGCCGGCAACUGGAGAACUUCCUCAAGCUGGUGGGUGCCGAGGUGAGGCAUCUUCAGAUACGGCAUGCACCUGUGUUCCGGAAUUUGGAUGGCAAGAUGCCGAACCUGAAGGUGCUGACAAUUGCCACCACCAGUUCCAUGGAUGAUCAGCAAAUGCGAGCCAUGGAUGGUCUGAAUAUGAAGCAAUUUAGCCAUUUGGUGGGUCUCGAGUGCGAUGGAGUGAGCCUCGACUCGUCACUGAAGCUGCUGAUGCUCCUCCAGCUGCGUCGGACGGAGAAUAAGGUGCACCUACGAAGUCUGCAGUUCGAGUACCGCAGGAACAAUGAGCAAGCUCUGCUGGAUGUCCUUCGAGAUCAUGCGGACACUCUACAAUCCGUGGACAUCUUCUUCAGCUGCUCGCCGGGGAUUGAGACGCGAGAGUGGUGCCAGGCCUUUGAGGCCAUGGAGAAUCUACGAACUCUCAAGCUCUCCGGAAACUGUCAUUUGAUGCUCCUCGACGCCGUAAUCAGGGCUGUGCCGGAAGCAGCCCCACUGCGUCAGCUUGACCUCACCGGAAUGCUGUCCCUGACCAAUGAACUGCUCCUCUAUAUAGCCGGCAAGUGGCAGCAUACCCUAAAAGUGUUGGAUCUUAUGUUCUGCGUCCAGCUCAACUCCAGUUGUAUCGAUGCCCUGCGUCAGUUGAGUGGACAGCUGCAGGUCCUGACCAUGGCCUACUGUCGGGAGCUGACAGGUGUGGGGUUGGUCCAGGGUCUGGCACAGCAAAUGAACUAUGCUUUGCAGGAGCUGCAUCUGGAGGAGGUGUGUUUCAUUGACGAGAACUCCAUGUGCGAGUUGCUGGAGCGAUUGCCCAAUCUGCAGCGUCUCAGCUUGGAUAAUUGCAGGCAGGCGGUGACGGAUCUUACCAUGUCAGCCAUUUGCAGAUAUCAAACGCGACUAAGGAACCUCAACAUUGAUUACUGCGUGAAGAUCACGGAUCAGGGACUGAUGGGCUUUGGUGCUACUCCUUAUCCAAUCAGUCGGUUAAAGGGCUUGCGGGAGUUGAACCUUCGUGGAUGUCGCAAUCUCACAGAUCGAUCCUUGAAGCAUGCUUUGAAGCUUCCCGAACUACGUGCUCUCUCCUUGGGCUACUGUUCACGAUUCCAGCCAGCGGGAUUCGAGGCCAUUACCCACAAUUGUCCAUCCUUGGAGGCUCUCUGCGUGUCCAGCUGCAUGGCUGUGGAUGAUGACACGGUGCGGAAUAUUGUGGUGAAUCUGAAGCGUCUAAGGAUCCUUAACUUGAGCAACUGCUCUAAGCUGACGCUGCAGUCAAUCCAUCACAUUCUGCGUCAUGGUCACAACCUGGUGGAACUGAUUGCCUGCUCCAUCGAUGGCUUGGACUCGGAGCAGGCUGAGAAGAUUCUGGAGCGGCAGAGACCACAAAUGAAGCAAGUGCUCCUAUAGCAGGAGAGGUACAUUCACUGACGGACUGGGACCAGGCUCCGCCAAAAUAACUGGGGGAGUUGGGACAACAGCGACCUGUUCGAGGACGACGACGACGAGUCCGAGAUUAUCGACAUUGUGGUUUAGGCGUCCAAUCUGUGCAAUACGAGGCAGCUUAGCUAAGUCCAUUGUAUUUUCGGGUAUAUCCCAUUUUCUGAUAAUUAACUAAUCCAUAACCCAGUAAACUGUGAGAAAAAACUCUUGAGGUGAAAGCUUAGAUUUACGUUUUAAACUUUGCCCUUCGAUCGAUACUCUGAGAUAUGAUAACAGAAGCCAAAUAUCACAGUACAAGUACAAGUAUAGUGUACAUCCCACCCGAAAUCCAUCUACAUUAUGAUUCAAAGAGCACAACUCUGAGGCUAUUUUAUACUCGAUCUACUAAGCAUAUAAAAACUUUGACUAAGACUUCUGAUUGUAGCUUUAAAUAAUCCAUUAAUACCAAGAAGCCAACAAAAUGAGCUUAAACUGUAGACUUACAAUUUUAAGGACCACAGAAAUCAGACCCCCAAAGCACCAUUUCAGACAGAAAUUAAUGGGUAUUAAGAUCUAUCAAAAGGGUGUCAAAAAUUAGGCUUUGUAAGCCUACUUUGUUACACCUUUUCAGUUGAUUUUAAACACCUAACGAAUAAAUGUAAUACGGGGCUGACCAACGAACUUCAUAAAGAAUAUAGAUUACAUAUAUUUCUUUGAGUGUUUUCCAAGUCAAUACAUAAAUCAGAGUGUCUAACUUUUAGUAGGAACUAGAAAAACGACGAAGUGAUUGCAAGAAAAUGGUGGUUUCGAGUUUUGCAAAAAGAAAGAGGCUGGUAGCUUAAGUCAAUGUUCAAAUAAUAUAAAAAAGCCAUAAUCUGAUAUAUAAAUUUUAAUCCUUAGAGUUAGGAGCAUUUUUGAGAAAAGUUUUUAAAUGUGAAAUGAUUUAAUAUCGGUGCGUUAGGAAGGAUCUUCCGGAU